AUAGUGCAUUGCAUCAUGGAAUGUUCCAGGUCGAUUCUCGGGUCGAUCGCCAUUUUGGAAGAGGAACAGCUAGAAGCAGUUGGAAGAUCCUUUGUUCAAAUUCUUCAUUUAGCUAAUAGACCUACUUGGUUGAACCCUCGGGUUGUUUAAGUGGGAUGCGCCACUCAAAGCGAAUGCGUUCCCCAGGUGUCUGGCUUGAUGAGUACAGCUGGGAAGAGAGGAUGGAGUGUCGCAAGCGAAAGAAGCAAGAUUCCCACAGCAGCGAACGAGAAAACAAGUCCAGAAGAACUCAGCAACACAUCAAGACCCAUGAGGGGCACUACCUGGAGUCCCGCAGUUUGAACCAAGGGUCGGAUGCUCGAGAGGGACGCACCCGAGACCAUAGUUUGGACAUGGCCUGCGAGGAGGACAGUCGCGAAGGCACCUGCAAGAACAGAGACCUUGACUGGCACCACUACAGCAAAUCCUCGGGACGCAGUGGUCUGAGUGGUCGCAGCAGGCGGAGCAGUCGCAGGCACAGAGACAGAAGGCGCAGGCGCAGUCACUCUCGCCACGGGUCCUCCACGAGGAGGAGCCAUCACCGCAGGAGCAGGAAAAGAUCCAGGAGUAUUGAGGAUGAUGACGAGGGUCACCUCAUCUAUCACAAUGGAGACAUGCUGAGAGCGAGAUAUGAGAUUGUGAGUACUCUUGGAGAGGGUGCCUUUGGGAAGGUCGUUGAAUGCAUUGAUCACUCAAAUGACGGAGCUCUAGUGGCUCUGAAGAUCAUAAAAAACAUAGACCGCUACCGUGAGGCAGCGAAGUCUGAGGUAGAGGUGCUUGAACAGUUGAGGUUGCUCGACUCUGACAAGAGAUAUGCGUGUGUGCACAUGCUGGACUCGUUUGACUACCAUGGCCACAUUUGUAUCGCCUUUGAGCUGCUUGGUCUCAGCACCUAUGAUUUUCUCAAGGAGAACAACUUCCAGCCUUUCCCCAUUGAACAUAUCAGACACAUGGCGUACCAGAUCGUCCGAGCCAUUCGAUUUUUGCAUAAGAAUAAGCUGACUCACACAGAUCUGAAACCUGAGAAUAUCCUCUUCAUUGAUUCAGACUAUGAUAUGGAGUACAACCCUGCAAAGAAACGGGAUGAACGAACACUGAAGAACCCAGAUGUGAAAAUUGUGGACUUUGGUAACGCCACAUACGAUCACGAGCAUCACACAUCUGUGGUGUCCACACGCCACUAUCGCGCCCCUGAAGUCAUUCUAGAUCUGGGCUGGGACCAUUCCUGUGAUGUCUGGAGUGUAGGCUGUAUUCUCAUAGAGUACUACCUUGGAUCGACUCUCUUCCAGACCCAUGACAGCAAAGAGCACCUUGCUAUGAUGGAGAGAGUCCUGGGCCCAAUCCCAGCAAACCUCCUGCAGAAAACCAAGAAACGGCGGUACGUUCACCGGUGCAAACUGGACUGGGACAUGCAGAGUUCUUCAGGGAGAUAUGUCAGAAAACACUGCAAACCCCUCAAGGAUUACAUGGUGUCCAAGGGUGAAGCCCACCAGCAGCUGUUUGACCUGGUAGAGAAGAUGAUGGAGUACGACCCAGCUAAGCGCCUCAGCCUUGAACAGGCCCUCCGACACCCCUUCUUCUCCCGCUACUGCAGCAGCAGCAGCAGCAGCAAAAAAGACUGAAUCCCUGAACCUGUAAACGUUGGCCUCGGGCCCAGCCCGUCUGUCACCGUGACAUUCACCAUGGUGCUCUCUUCCCUAGCCUCUACUUCCUGACUCUCCAGGAGAGGUGUACCUUAACUGACUGUAUCAGUCCACUGCCCUGCUUUGCUGUGUCCCGUCUCUAUCGCAUCUGUUUUCAUCUGUGGCAUGUUUUGAUGUAAUUCCAAGUGAUUUCUAUUUAUUUGCCAUUGUAAUUUAAAUUGUAGCAUCUGAGCAUAUUCUUGUUGACUGUUUUUUUUUCUUCUUUUUUUAAAUUCUUGAGUACCCCAAUUUUGUCCAGGUUCAGUCUGUGCGUUGCCUCGUAGGUGAUGGGGUUGGACCACAGACAAAUGCUUUACCCAGCUUGGAUUUCACCACGAAUAAUUUAUUCAGCAUUGUCGAUGUAAAAAAAGCUACAGCAGGCAGGAAACCCUUGUAUAUAAAGACUUUUUUCAGAUAUUUCUUUUUUCACUGACUGGUGAUGUAUCUUUUGCAUUUUCUCAAUAAACGUGAACAGACGUCA